AUGUCUGGCACAACUCUCUCCAACUCUUUCCCGCGAUCCGAUAAUGCCACAGCGGUAAUCAUCCCAGGGCCUACGCCCCUCACGAUAUCCUAUGGGGAGCUCACUCGUCUCGUUUCGUCGUUCCAAUCCAGGCUCGCCCAGUUAGGGAUUACUCCUCAGUCCGCGGUCUCAAUUGCCCUCCCGAAUACCAUCGAAUUUAUUGUUUCGUUCCUCGCCUCUUCGUGGCAGCGCGCCAUAGCGGCCCCCCUCAACUCUGCGUACAAGCAGGAGGAGUUUGAGUUCUACAUCGAUGACCUGAAGUCCGCCCUGGCACUGGUGCCAAAGGGCGAGUUCGCAAAGGAUGGUCCGGCCGUGAGAGCGGCGAGAAAAUACCAGGCUGCGAUUGCUGAGUGCUAUUGGGAUGGGAACAAACGGGAGGUUGUGUUGGAUGUGAAGGACCAAGGGAAGCUGAAGGGCAAAGGCGGACGAAAUGUCGAGAAGGCACUGCCAGACGACGUCGCUUUGGUGUUGCACACCAGCGGGACGACAGGGCGACCAAAGGCUGUACCCUUGACACACAGGAAUUUGACAAGGACGAUGAAGAACAUUCAGGCAACAUACGAGCUGAGCCCUGCUGACCGAACCAUGCUCGUCAUGCCUCUUUUCCACGUCCACGGCCUGCUCGCCGGGUUCCUCGCCCCUCUUCUUUCCGGAGGAUCUGUCGUUGUCCCUGCCAAGUUCAGCGCAACUACCUUCUGGGAGGACUUCAUAACGCACAGAGCCAACUGGUACACUGCUGUGCCCACCAUUCACCAGAUCCUUCUCAGGAACCCACCUCCGUCCACCAAACCCAACAUUCGAUUCAUUCGCUCUUGCUCGUCGCCUCUCUCGCCAACAACCUUCCACCAGCUUGAGGAGCAGUACAACGCCCCUGUCCUCGAGGCCUAUGCCAUGACUGAGGCCGCUCAUCAAAUGACAUCCAGCCCUCUCCCACCUGGAAAGCGUCAACCUGGCAGCGUUGGUAUCGGCCAAGGUGUCGAGAUCAGAAUCCUCGACCAGGCGGGCAAAGAGGUUCCCCAGGGCGCCGAGGCCGAGAUCUGCAUCCGCGGCGAGAAUGUGACAAAGGGUUACCUGAACAACCCUGCUGCAAACGAGAGCAGUUUCACCAAAGACGGCUUUUUCCGCACCGGUGACCAAGGAAAGCUGGAUAAGGAUGGAUAUGUAUUUAUUACCGGUCGCAUUAAGGAGCUCAUUAACAAGGGUGGUGAGAAGAUCAGCCCUAUCGAGCUGGACAACGUGUUGGCUCGCCACCCGGCCGUGAGCGAAGCUGUCAGCUUUGCCAUCCCCGACGAGCUGUAUGGCCAGGACAUUGGCGUGGCGAUUGUUCUCAAGCCGGAACAGAAGCUCGGGGAGGAUGAACUUAGGGGGUGGGUCAGCGAGAAGCUGGCGAAGUUCAAGAUACCCAAGAAGGUGUAUUUUACGGAGGUCAUGCCGAAAACAGCUACUGGAAAAAUCCAGCGCAGAAUUGUGGCAGAGCAGAUGCUAAAGAGUGAGAAGCCGAAGUCGAAGCUAUAA